UAAAAAUUAGUUUGAGAUUUUUAUUGGUUUAAUUGGUCGGUUAACCGAUUAAAACCAUGGUAUAUGGACAAUUACGUUUUGAAAUAUCGGUUUGGGGAGAAAUCAAUUUACAACUUAUAAUUUGGAGAGAAAUAAGUUUACAACUUUAAAUUCAUGGAGUUUUAGCACGAGGUCAUAGUUUGGUGGGGAUCUGAUGCUAUACGAUAGUUCUCGUGGGGAAAUAGAUCGUUCACCCAACCACUACCUAUAAUUGGAGCUAAAAUUAACAACUAUUGGAGCUCUAUUGAAUGUGAAUUACCUUGUACUUUGGAGGAAAUUGUUGUUCUUGUUGAUUAAAGAGUUAAAGAGUUAUAUCUAACAAUGUAACAAUAAACCAUUGACUUGAUUACAAUAUAUGCAAAUAGCAAACCAUUAGUCUUUAACAACUUAACAAAUGCCAGUUUCAUCGAAGAAGGAACAUUAUUUUCAUUACAACUUCACCAUAUUUUUACACAGACGACAAAGACGAAACAAGAUUUUGAAAACGCUAAAUCUACACUAAUUUUCAAUUUAAUUUACUCAAACACCAAGCAUACAAUCACAAACGACAAUCAUAUCAUCACAACAAAAAGCAACCAAACCUAGAUACGGAUGAGGUAGAUCGACAAUGACAACAACAUCCUCUAAAUCUCAAAACGGAGGAAGAACACAUACCUUGUUUAGAUUGGAAUCGGCGGACAAGCUUUGGAUGAGACAACAUAUCGGUGUGGAGUGAGGGAAAUAAACGAGAGGAUUUCGAUUUGGGGAUGAAAUCGGCAGACAAGCUAUGGCGAAAGGUUUCGCCGUCAAGAGAGAAUAGGGAGAAGAUGAAAGUGAAUUCGAGACUGCAAAUCGACUUUGUCCUACACGAUUAAGACACCCAAUCACAUGAUGCCAGAUGGCACUUAAAGACGAGUGCGAAAACUUCUUAAUUAAGCUCCGUUUCUAUUGUUUUUCAAUAUUUUUGAUCUAAUUUUGGAUCUAUAAAUACUAAGAAAUGAGCCUAAGACCCGGGGACAGUCUUGCUUUUAGUAGCCAAAUCGGAUCAUAGUGCUGGUGUUCAUCUUUAUUUUGAUGUGAUAGCAACUAUUAAAUAUGGGAUGUUAAUAUUAUAUUGUAUCUGUAUAAAUCUAUGAUGGGUCCGGGUCGAUAAUGAUUAGGCUUAAGAAAUGAGCCCAAACCGUAAAAAGAAGGUAAUAUUCAAAAAUCUAGUCGAGCCUAAAAGAGUUUCUUCUUAAUUAAUGUUUUCUUUUGAAUUCUUAAUAGAAUGGUUAUAAUAAUGGUGACAAGGAUGAACACACAAACAUUGUAGCCUCUUCCUCAUGAGAUUUUCACCAGAUGUAGAUGCAGUAUCUAACUUAUACAGAGGCUAGCUAUUAAGAUUUUGUAAAGAAAAAAUUAGUUGUAUCUUGAACUAUGACAGUGUAUAUAAGUCGAUUGAGGUUUCUUUUGUGUUCUUUGUUUAAGGUAAGUAUCACUUUAUUACUCCCUAUUUUGACUUUUUCUUGGGUUCACCCCAUAGGGUGAACCUUUAGGUUCACCAACCAAUAGAAAAUUGUCAUUUUAGAUCUAGUAUCUUUUAAUUAAGGAAACAAAAUAAUUUGCCAAAUUAUAUUAUGCUUUUAAAAUAAAAAAUAAAAGAUUAAAUAAAUAAAAAUAGCAAUAGCUCUAAAAAAAGAUUAUUUAAAAAAAAAUAUUUGUUUUUAAGAUUUAGAGUUUAGUGUUUAAGAUUUAUAAUUUAGAAUUUAUCCAAAUGUUUAGUGUUUUUCCAAGGGUUUAGGGUUUACCUAAGGGUUUAGGGUUUACCCAAGGGUUUAGGGUUUUCCCAAGGGUUUAGUGUUUAGGAUUAGAGUUUAGGGUUUAGUGUUUGGUUGACAACAUGUUUAGUGUUUUUCCAAAGAUUUAAGGUUUGCCCAAGGAUUUAGGGUUUACCCAAGGAUGUAGGGUUUAGGAUUUGAGUUUAGGGUUUAGUAUUAGACUUUAGGGUUUAGUAUUAGAGUUUAGGGUUUACUGUUUUGUUGACACCAUUUUUUUUUUUGAAUUCGUUUUUUAUAUAUUAUUUUUAUUUUAUUUUAAAUUUUAUUUUGAAAAGAUAAUAUAAUUUGCCAAGUUAUUUGGUUUCCUUAAUUAAAAGAUACUAGAUUUAAAAUGACAAUUUUCUAUUGGUUGGUGAACCUACUAGGAGGUGAACCCAAAACUAACUCCCCUAUUUUUCCUGGCAAAAGGAUCAUUAAGUUUUUAAUUAAUUAAAUUUUCAAUUAGUUUUAAUCUCUUUUUUUUGUAACCGUUUUAUCUUUUUCUUAGUAACUCUACUCUAUCACAAACAUAUCAUUCUUUUGUUUUCAUAGAUUUAUCUGUGUAUUUAAACAUAUGGAUAAUUUGAUGUAAAAAAGCAAUGUGGAUAAAUGAUGUAAUUAACAGAGUAAACUUAUAUCCAGUCCUUAUUGUUCGCUAUUAUCUUCUCCUUGAUAAUCAAAAUAUUCAAAGAAAAUCUCUUAAAUACUGAUUUAUCCGUAAUGUUUAUCUAAAAUGAUCUAAGUCAACCAAAAAACCGGUGAAAAAAUAUUCUGUGAAUAUCAUAGUUUAUCCAAAACCCUCUCAACUCAUCUAUAAAAGAAACACAACUCUACAUCGAGUCAAUGUACUAUAAAACCUUUAGGGUAUACACAUAACAAUUAGAUACAAAGAGCAAGAUAGAGAUAACAAUGGCCGUGGGUGUGAUGGAUAUCGAAGAAGGUGCUGCUUCCUUACCUGGAAAGACGACUUUUCAAGUCGUCAUGUGCAGUAUCAUUGCUGCUGUUGGUGGUCUCAUGUUUGGUUAUGACAUCGGAAUCUCAGGAGGUGUGACGAGUAUGGACACUUUUUUACUAGAUUUUUUCCCUCACGUGUACGAGAAGAAACACAGAGUACACGAAAACAACUACUGCAAAUUCGAUGACCAGCUUUUGCAGUUGUUCACUUCUUCUCUCUACUUAGCUGGUAUCUUCGCCAGUUUUGCCGCUUCCUUCUUAUGCAGAAGGUUCGGAAGAAAACCUAUAAUCAUGUCCGCCUCCAUCUUCUUCCUCCUCGGUGCUAUUCUCAACUACUUUGCCCGAGAUCUCGGCAUGUUGAUCGGUGGUCGUAUUCUCCUUGGCUUCGGUAUCGGUUUUGGUAAUCAGACUGUUCCAUUGUUCAUCUCGGAGAUUGCACCCCCUAGAAUCAGGGGAGGGCUAAACAUCGCGUUUCAGCUUCUCAUCACCAUUGGAAUCCUAGCAGCGAGUUUUGUGAACUACUUAACCUCCACAAUGAAAAACGGCUGGAGAUACUCUCUCGGUGGUGCGGCUGUUCCCGCCUUGAUCCUCUUGAUAGGGUCCUUCUUCAUCCACGAGACUCCAGCUAGCCUCAUAGAGCGCGGCAAAGACGAGGAAGGGAAGAAAGUCCUGAGGAAGAUCAGAGGCAUCGACAACAUUGAACUCGAGUUCAACGAGAUCAAACGCGCCACUGAGACUUCAAACAAAGUGAAAAGCCCUUUUAAAGAGCUCUUCACCAAACGCGAGAACAGACCGCCACUUGUGUGUGGAACGCUGCUUCAGUUCUUCCAACAGUUUACAGGAAUCAAUGUGGUUAUGUUCUACGCUCCGGUUUUGUUUCAGACCAUGGGGAGUGGUAACAACGCUUCUCUGGUGUCUACGGUUGUCACGAACGGUGUGAACGCACUCGCUACGGUUUUCGCCGUCAUCAUGGUUGAUAGGCUCGGUAGAAAGUUCUUUUUGGUUGAAGGAGCAACUCAAAUGAUGGCUACACAGUUAACUAUUGGAGCCUUGCUCUUAAAAUACUUACACCUAGUUGGACCUAUUACAAGUCACGCCGUGCCACUUAUAGUACUGAUCCUCAUCUGCAUCUACGUGUCUGGUUUUGCGUGGUCGUGGGGACCAUUGGGAUGGCUUAUUCCGUCUGAGAUCUAUCAACUUGAGGUGAGAACCACAGGUUACUUCUGUGCAGUGGCGAUGAACAUGGUGUGCACUUUCGUUAUCGGACAGUUCUUCUUGUCGGCGCUCUGCAGAUUCCGAUCGGGAUUGUUCUUCUUCUUUGCGGUCAUGAAUGUUAUCAUGGGACUGUUUGCAAUCUUCUUUCUCCCAGAGACCAGAGGUGUUCCUAUUGAGGACAUGGCCGAGCAGCGUUGGAAGAAGCAUUGGCACUGGAAGAAAUAUUUCAAGCAGAACUGAUUUUUUUUUUCUGUCUUGUUGCUCGUAGAAUUCUUAAAUUUGGAAUUUAGGCGGGUUGUUCGCAUCCUGUUCGAGAGUUUAUUAGUUAUAAAGACUUGAUGUUUUCUUUUUUGCAAUUUAUAUAACUUGUGAAGUUUCUAAUUUUAGACACCUUUUCUUUUCUUUUUAAAAUUUAUCAUUAUCUGCGCAAAUUAAGUUUUGGGAAUUGAAUAGGUCUAUUUAGACCAUGUUCGUUUACGUGUCGCGCGAUUGGUAAACGAACAUGACCUUAAUUUUAAGCAUUUCUUUUUUUUCUUCAAAAUUUUGUUUCUUUAUCAUUAUCCACGUAACUGAAGUUUUCGGGAUUUGAAUUGGUCUAUGUACGUAUCAACUUGCUCCAUCUGUUUUUUCUAAUAUAAGUCAAUUUCGAAAAAUUUUUAUGUUCUAAAUUAUAUGACGUUUUCAGUUUUUAUGUAAAAUUUAUUAACACUUAAUGUUACAUGAUAAUAUACCUUCUAUUUUAUUAUUGGUUGAUGUGUGGUUAGGUAAAUAAUUAAUGAUAUUUUUGUUUAGAAAAUAUAAAAAAACUAAUGAUUUCUUAAUCUAUGUGCACAAUUCUAAAACGACUUAUAUUUAAAAACAGAGGGAGUAUUGGAUUUCACCUAGUCAAACGCCAAUAUUUUCCAGUUUCCAAAAUCAGCAUAUCUAAUAAAGUUUAUCUGUAAAAAUGAAAUAAAAUAACAAUACAAUACUACUCCAUCCAUUUAAUAAUAUAUGAUGUUUUGGAUUAGUGCACAAAAAUUAAGAAAUUUAAUUUUUCUCUAAAAAAUAUUUUUAAAGAUUAAUUUUAAAAUCAUUUAACUAAUUAUCAAAAUACUUUAAAAUAUAAUUGGUUGAACACUUGAACAUGUUCCAAUAAAGUUAAAGUUAACUUUAAAACCUCAAAAUGUUUUACUUCCUCUCUUUCCCGAAAGUAAGAUUUUCAAAAGUGUUCACGCUUAUUAAGAAUUCAAUAAAUGCUUCUAAUUUAAUUUUUUUUUUACUUUAUUAUACACUUUUCAAUAACUUUUCACCAAUGAAAUUUAAUGAAUUCAAAUAUUUUCUUUUAUUGUUUCUUAAAAAUAUUAAAAAAUACUUUAAACAUAUAGAUUCACAAAUAAAAAAUCUAAAACAUAUUGCUGCUUUCGAGAACGAGAGAGUAUAUUUUAAAAUAACGUAAACCUUCUAGAACUUCAAACGGAAAGAGUAUAAAAUAGGUGUUUAAAUCACUUGUUUUAUUAAUUUUAACAUUAUCUUUUGUCUGGGCCUAAUGUUUAAAAAAAUUGUUUGACUAAGAUCCAUGUAGUUCUGUCCAUGUUGGACUUUUCAUGAAAUUUAAAUU